GAAAUAAGCAAAAAAGCAAGUGAAAAUCGAAAGAAGAAUAUAUAUAACCACCGACUAGGUUCGACAGGUUAUGGAGGGUUGCUUAUAAAGAAGAAAGAAGAACUUGGAAUUAAUAUCAACAACAUUGAUCGAGCGGAUACAUGGCUCCUGGGAAGAGAAAGAAAAGAUGGUGGAUAUGAUCCCGAGGUUUUGGAAGUUGCAGAAGAAAUAAAGGAGCUGAAAAAUAAGGUGGACGACGGAUCAUUUGUGCCUCGUGGAGACAAUGAUGUGCUCUCACUUGCUCUUCAGAAAAAACCAAAUGGCAGUAGAGUACAGGGUCUGGGGCACUUCAUUACCCCAACACAGUACUUUCACACGCCAAGGGCAGCCAUAACCGAGAAGGACAAAGUGCAAGAAGUAUGUGAUAGAAGGUAUGCGAUGAUGUUGCAGAAGUUUGGUGAAAUGAAAGAUCAUGUGUCCAAUGCUUUUAGUGAAAUUGGUAGCUGCAGCAAUGCCAAUAAAUCUCUGAAAAGGAAGGUAAAGUCAUAUCUUUAGUAGAUAUUUUAGCACCUUAAUUAUUUACACUUUUAUCAAAAACUUAUAAGACCCAAUCGGAGUUUGGGCCUAUUCGGCAUUAAAAAAUGUUGGUGUAGAGGUUGAACAGUCGGUGUUUAGUCCUAUGAAGGAACGCUGCAGUGCUCCUAGAAAAUCUCCCAGAUUCAAGUCAAAACAUAAUGAAAUGGAGGGUAAUAAUGAACAACCCGAUGGAGAGAGUCGUGGAAGGCAAAAGACUGUUGCAGAGGUGGAGAAACCAACAUUUACUCAUCGGAAGAAGCUAUUUGGAAGCGUUCCCAGAAGAUCCCCUCAGCACAUAAGCAAGGAUACUUUAGGACAAGCCAAUGCUCACUCCCAUGAUAUGGAUAUGAAUGAAGAGGAAGAUAAGUCUCUUGCAGAGCCCAAAAAUGGAAAAGAGCAGUCAAUAGAUCAUAUGGAAAAUGAACGAGUGGAGGGAAAAGAAAAACAGGGGUGCGAUGUGGUAUUUGUGAAUGAGAAAAGGACUGGAAUGAAAGCUAAGUCCCCACUAAAUGUGCAACGAAUGACCAGGUCCGUUGCUGAAAAAAGAAAAGAGCAAAGCGCUAACAUGAUGAUGUUUUGCAUUUUAGUGGAAAAUUGUCUAGGAGAGAUGAACAGUAUCAAGCAAGAUGCUGAAAUUUUUGGAUUCCAAACAAAAUCUAUCUUUAACAAGGAGGUUUGUCGCUUGGUUAUCAACUUUGAGCAAGUUUCAAAUUCAGUUGUUGAAAUCUGGGCCAGGCACUUGCAUGAAAAAAUGGAGGCUGAUGGAGGGGACAUGCCAGUUCAGUUUGGCACUUCUGCUGCCAUAGCAAUACCAAAGAAGGCAUCACACCAAGCGAUUACAAGAAGGUCACAAUAUAUAGCCGAUCUUUUGGAUAUUUCCUUGCCUGGGCAAAUGACUUUAAUCCCCUAUAAUACCGGGAAUCAUUGGGUGCUGGUUGCUAUCGACAUGAUGGCUCAAACAGUCUACUACCUAGAUUCAAUAGGAGGAAUUCCAACGAAAGAUUUGGAGGAAAUAGUGAACCAAGGGGUGACGAUUAAUCAUGCCCAAAAAUCUAAGACAAGGUUGAAUUUGAAAUGGGUGAGAGUAAUGUGUCCUAAACAAACAGGAGUCGUUGAGUGUGGUUACUUCUUGAUGAAGUAUAUGAAGGACAUUGUAUCAGACGUGAAUCUGUUGAAACGGAAUUUCUCUACAAUCAAGGAGUAUACCGAAGAUGAUAUUUUACGUGUGCGUGAGGAGUGGGCUUUGUAUGCUGCUACUUUGAUAAAAAAUUUGCAAGCGGAUCCUACAAAGGCUUGAUGAUAUGCACGGGGAGAUGCAUUUCGGAUUAUAUUGUUGAUGGUCGGUGUUAAUUAUGUCAUCUAUGUAGAAUGUAGAGGCAGGCAGCUGGUCACACUUUUGAUAACUAAACAUUGGUACUUGUUGGGAAUGUGACUUCGUUUGUAUUUUAGCAUCUUCAAUGAUGCUUGGUAGUAGUUUUUUUGCUGGAUUCUAUAGCCGCUUUUUUUGCAAGAAUUGUAUGGCUAUUUUUUUGCGGGAAUGUUGCUGGAAUUUUGCUACAUCUUUUAUCCAGUGGUAGGAAAUGUAAAUGAACAAGAAUAUGAAGUUGUUACUGAAUA